GCGAGCCCUUUUCGGGCCGGAGAUGCGGCGGAGAUCCAUGGUCUGGUGAGAAAACCGGAAAACAAUGGGAAGAAAGUUGCCAUCAUUGAGUGGCUCGAAAAGGAGGAGAGGUUCAAGGUGGAGUUUCCGUCAGGAAGCACCACCAAAAUAAAGCCCGAGAACUUGAAGAGGGUUGAAGCACCUCUAGCACCACCCGUUGUGAGGGAGAUCGAGGAGGAAGAGGCUGAGAAGGCCUCGCCCCGACGGGAGAAGGCCAAGAAGCGGCGACGAAGCUCCAGCUCCCGACGAAGUGGCAAGAGAGCCAGGAAGGAGCGGUCACAAGAACAGCACGGCGUGCCACAGGUACGCCCGCUGGACGUACGCCCACCGGACGUACGCCCACCGGACGUACGCCCGCCGGACGUACGCCCACCGGACGUGCGCCCGGAUGCGGCUCCGCGCAUGAAAGGUGUCGGGAAAGGCGGCAAGGGGCGCAAUAUCCAGAUCUCCAAGACAUUGGCCCGGGUGCUGCGACACACUGCGACGAGCCAAGGGGUCAAGGUUCAGGCUGAUGGCUUUUGUUUGGUGCAGGAUCUCUUGGUGCUUCCGGACUUGAGAUCGCUGGGUUGCACGGUAGAGGAUGUGAAGGCAGCCGUGCAGACUAACGACAAGAAGCGAUUUGAGAUAAAGGAGGAUAGCCAAAGCCAGGUUUGGAUCAGAGCGGUCCAGGGGCAUUCUAUGAAGGUUGUGGAAGAUGACAGUCUUCUGAAGAAGCUUGCCCAUUCUGAUCCUGAUCUGCCAACCGUGUGCGUGCAUGGCACUUACAGGCGUUUCUUGGAAUCAAUUCAGAGGAAUGGCCUCAUAGCUGGCGGCGGGAUUUCAAACCGCAACCACGUGCACUUUGCGCCUUAUGAGCCUCACGACGGACGGGUCAUCUCCGGCAUGCGUUACAACUGCGAGGUGGCGGUUUACGUUGACUUGCCUGCCGCCUUGAAGGAGGGCGUGCCCUUCUUCCGAAGCGCGAAUGAGGUGAUCCUUUCGCCUGGUAUCAACGGCACAGUGCCAGCCAAAUUCCUUCUGAAGGAGGCUGCUCACAAGCUGCGAGAGAAGCUGAAGAAGGAGAUGUCAGCUGGCUGGAAUAUCAUCAAUGACUUUGAGCAGCAGCGAGGUGAAGAGAUGAGGAAGCAGGUGGACACGUGGAGUGUGAACCUCGAGUCUGAGAAAGAGGCGGCGGUGGCGCGCCGAGCUGAGGAUGGCAAGCGUUGGGUCGAGAAGUUUGCUGAGGUUCAGCGCAAG